CAACUUCAAGUCUCACAUUAUUGCCGUAAAGGAAUACUCCGUUUUUUAAAAGGUUUAAAAGGUUUUAAAAACAUUUCAAUUUUUAUAAUAUGUAAUAUAUUAAGUAAUUAGAAUCUAGUGCGCGUAAAAUAAGACAUAAGAGAGGGAAAAGAGAAGCCUCUUUAUUUUCUCAAUUGACGAAGAGACAAAAUUUUGUCUAUUUUCUUUGCGUGCGGCGAAGAAAAUAUUGCAAAUUUUUCAAUUGAUUCGCUAUGAGGAGGAAAUUAUUGUAUUAUUAUUUAUUUCCCAGUAGUAAUUGUCAGUGAUUAUUUAAUUUUCUAUAAUUGAUAUAAAAAGUAAUGGCAGGACUUGAGAGCUAUGAAAGGGUUUAUCGAGGACGACAAGUAGAUGUACCUUGGGAUGCAUCGUCAAUAGGUAGUGCGGAAUUCCCAACAAAAUAUCAUGGACGAGAGGUUAUUCGUCCUCUAGAUAUUCCUGUAAUGCAUCCACUGGUAGCUCAGGAUUCUCCGCCCGCUGAUGAUGUUGCUGUAAAAAAAUAUGUAGGUUUAGGUUGUGGAUUGGCGAGUUUAAUAACAGAAAAUUUGUUGAUUCAUCCAUUUAUUGUAAUAAGAAGACAAUGUCAAGUGAAUCCUGUCGCUACGAAAUAUCAUCUAGUGCCAAUUACAUUGAUACCGGUGAUUAUUCGUUUACAUCAAACGCAAGGUCUCAAUACUUUAUGGAAAGGAAUUGGAUCUGUUUUACUCGUUCGUGGAUUGAGUUUAGCGAUUGAAGAUUUAGUCUCAAAAAUCACACCAUGGCCAAAGGAAAUAACAUGUAAUAGUUCAAUGAAAGCCUUUGGACAACAUAUUCUCUUGAAAUGUGUUUCAAUUGGACUGGUAACUCCAUUUUACUCGGCGUCACUCGUUGAAACUGUACAAUCGGAAAUUGCUUCUGAAAAACCAGGAAUUUUGGAUGUAUUUCGCGAUGGGGCGAUUCGUUUACUCGAGGUUGGCACAAAAGGUCGACUCAUUCCCAUUUACGCUCUAAUACCGCCCACAAUUGCUUAUGGAGUUGUCAAAUAUCUCUUUACUCUCAUUGUGAGAGGAGUCAGCAGUCGUAUGAUGCAUCUUCGACGAAAGCACAUUCAGGAGUUAAAAGGUGCGUACAGUCGAGACAUUCUUUCGGACAGCGCUGUGCAGGAUAUUGAAUUGCAAUCGAUUUUGGUAUCAAUGUGCGCCGCGGACGUUGUUUUCUAUCCACUUGAAACUGUUAUUCAUAGGUUACAUUUACAAGGCACACGGACGAUUAUUGAUAAUUUAGACACUGGACGUAGUGUGAGACCAUUAUUGACUGGUUACAGUGGCGCUAUCGAUUGUUAUCGGACAAUAAUUGCCACUGAAGGACCACUUGGAUUGUAUAAAGGUUUUGGAGCUCUUGUCCUUCAAUUUGCCGUUCAUUUUAUGGUAUUGCGAGCCACCAAAUGGAUUCUCACUGAACUCACCUCUAUUCUGAGACCGAAACCCGUUCAAAAAGUUGCACCACCACAUUCUUACUAUAACGAAAUAUAAAAUGGAUUAAAGCAAAAAAAAAGGAAAAAAAAACGGAAAAAAAGAACGAAAAAGUCGAAUUACAAGAGCGAAUUGUCGAUUACAAUUUUUUUUUCUCUCGUAAAAAGCUGUGAUUCAAUUUUUUGAAAAAUAUAUCAAAAAGUGAUAAUAUGAAAAAUAA